AUGGCCGAAGCAAGCAACUACGACUAUCUCUUCAAGGUCGUCCUCAUUGGCGAUUCUGGUGUCGGAAAGUCCAAUCUCCUCUCACGCUUCACACGAAACGAGUUCAAUCUGGAUUCCAAGUCGACAAUCGGCGUCGAGUUUGCUACUCGAUCAAUCAACGUCGACGGCAAGACGGUAAAGGCGCAAAUUUGGGAUACCGGUCAGUCCCACUUCCUACACCCUUCAAAGUGUCAAUCACCUCUUCGACGCUCCCUGAUGCAUGACGCUGCUGUGGUAACGCUCAGCAUUGGCUGGAUUCAGAGCGCCGUCUUCUCACAGGGCGGUGUCGCGCUCACCGGUCAGGAACGUUAUCGUGCCAUCACUUCUGCAUACUACCGUGGUGCGGUUGGUGCUCUCCUCGUCUACGAUAUCGCAAAACACUCGACCUAUACCAACGUCACCAGGUGGCUAAAGGAGUUGCGAGAUCAUGCGGAUUCGAACAUUGUGAUUAUGCUCGUCGGUAACAAGUCAGAUCUCAAGCACCUCCGAGCUGUCCCAACAGACGAGGCAAAAGCAUUCUCUGCGGACAAUGGCCUUAGCUUCAUCGAAACAUCUGCCUUGGAUGGUGGAAACGUCGAAGCCGCUUUCCAGAACAUUUUGACAGGCACGUACUCCUAUAUCUAUCGUAUCGUAUCCAACAAGGCACUCGAGGCGGCUCCGGAUGUCAUCAAGCCCUCUGGCGGCGAAAGCAUUACCAUUGCACCAUCGUCCAACACCAAUGCCAAUGAGAGUGGGAAAUGCUGCUAG